CCCUGUGUCAAUUUAAUUUUAACCUCACUUUUGUUGUUGAUUUGAAGAUGAGUUUAACGGGGCGCAAUAAGACAAGCAUUUUGGACAAGCCCCUAAGCCGGGGUAAGGGUGAAGUGUCUUUAAGUUGCUUCGCUUUGCUAUUUUCUGAAGUCGUCCAAUACUGUCAAAAUAAAUCUCACACAGUCCCCGAGCUACAAAACAGAUUGCACGAAUUGGGGCGCAGAGUUGGGGUAAAAUUGAUCGACCUCUAUUUUCUUAGAGAGAGAAAUGGCAAACGAGAGAUUAAAUUGUUAAAUAUACUCCUUUUUGUUAAAUCAACUUUAUGGAAGGCGUUGUUUGGACGGGAAGCUGAUAAAUUAGAACAUUCCAAUGAUGAUGAAAAUACGUAUUAUUUGAUGGAAAAGGAGCCGUUAGUGAACAGAUUUAUUUCAGUCCCUAGGGAUAAAAGCAGUUUAAAUUGCGCUGUGUUUAUUGCUGGCAUAAUUGAAGCUGUACUUACUGGAACAGGCUUUACGGCUAAAGUGACAGCACAUUGGCACAAAGGAACGACAUACAUGGUGAAAUUCGAUGAUGCUGUUGUAAGCAGGGAUAAGCAACUCGAGGAGAGAUAAGAGGAUCCUUGUAUUGCGUUUAAUUUGUUGAUUUUGUAAAUUUGUGUUUUUUUCAAUAAAAUUUCAUUUUUCUCA